GGCCGCGCCGAGCACGGUCGAGGCGCCGGCGAGCAGCCGCGAGCCGCCGGAAGGGGAGGAAGCGGGGCCGGCUCCGGCGGGGAAACCGAGGCAGGGCGGCCCCCGGCGCGGGACGGGUCCGUCUGCCCCGCGGCUCCGGAGGGGACGUGCUGACGGAGCCCAAGGCCCAAGCAGGAAACGGCGCUCGCCGGAUUUCCCGGCCCCGCGAGCGACUCGGCGGCUGCUGCUGCUGGUUCCGCCGCGGAGCCGAAACCUUUGCAGCCGGUUUUUAAAAUUAUUUUUUUCCCAGCCCCGUGUUGUUGCCGGUGGCGGCGGCGUUUCGGCUUCCCGGGGCCCGGUCGUCGCUUGGCGGCAGCUGGGGGCUCCCCAUGAGAGAGGCGCGCGAGGAUGGAUUACGGCAGCCGGGAAUUCCUGGUCCCCUGCGGAAAGGACAAGUACAUCUCCAAGAAUGAGCUGCUCCUGCACCUCAAGACCUACAACCUCUACUACGAAGGGCAGAACUUGCAGCUGCGGCACCGGGAGAUGCAGGACGACAACCAGCGCCUGCGCCCGCCGCCCUCCUCUUCCUCCUGGCACUCGGGCUGCAACCUGGGCGCCCGCGGCUCGGUGCUAAAGCCCGGUGCGCUGCCGGAUAUCCGGGUCACGGACGCGGAGGCUGCAGCGACCGGCACGGGCGCCGGCGAGGGCAGAGCGGAGGAGCAGCCGCAGCUGAUGCGCACGCGGAGCGACGUGGGCGUGCGGCGGCGGGGCAGCGGGCGGGCGCCCGGCGAGCGGCGGCGCCUCCAGCGUCACCGCUUCUCCAUCAACGGGCACUUCUACAACCACAAGACGUCCGUGUUCACGCCGGCGUACGGCUCCGUCACCAACGUGCGGAUCAACAGCACCAUGACGGCGCCGCAGGUGCUCAAGCUGCUGCUCAACAAGUUCAAGAUCGAAAACUCGGCGGAGGAGUUCGCGCUCUACGUCGUCCACACCAGCGGCGAGAAGCAGAAGCUGCGGGCCACGGAUUACCCGCUCAUCGCCCGCGUCCUGCAGGGCCCCUGCGAGCAGGUCUCCAAGGUCUUCCUCAUGGAGAAGGACCAGGUGGAAGAAGUCACCUAUGACGUGGCUCAGUACAUCAAAUUCGAAAUGCCCGUCCUCAAAAGCUUCAUCCAGAAGCUGCAGGAGGAGGAAGACCGCGAAGUGAAGAAGCUCAUGCGCAGAUACUCCGUCCUCCGCCUGAUGAUCGAGCAGAGGCUGGAAGAGAUUUCCGAAGGGCCGGCAACGAUGUGAAGCCGGCGGCAGCGGCGCCCCGGCUCCCUUCCCAAGUUUGCGCCGAGGCCGUACUGCAGCGACCGCGUCUGAGCCGACCCCCCCCCCCCACACACCUCCCCGACCCCUUCCGCGUCCCCCUCCGCUCCCGCCGGAAAAGCUGCCGCCCCGGAGCGAUGUCUGAGCCCCUGCGCGCCGGGGCGGCACGUGGGAAACUCCAAGGAAAAAGCCGCCGGGACGCCGGAGCGGGCACGGGCGCUGUGCCCCCCCCCCCCGCCCGCCCCGCCGCGGCGGUAAAGGCUCUGCCCCGCAGCCGUGAUUCCUGAUCCGUUCCCGGUCGGAGCAUCCUUGGCGCCUUCCCGCCCGGCGAACGCUGCUCUGCUUUCCGCGGCCGGGGCCGAGUUCGGCAAAAUAUUCCCGCGCGCGGCUGCCGGAGGGAGCCGUGCCCGGCCGCCGCGCGAGGGUGGCAAAAUAGCACAAAUAACCUCCUUUUUUUUUUUUUCCUUUUCAUGUUUUUAAAGAACAAGCACAUUCCUAUCGCAAUAACUCGCAGGCGGCGGGAAGCUUCCCGUAACCGUGUAACUCGGAAAACGGUCCCCGGCGCUUCGGCAACGCUCCGAGGGCCUCGCUCCUCGCUCGCGCUUGCGCCCGCCGGCUUAACCCUCCUCUUCCUCGUUCGCACUGAUUUUCCGGUGGAUUUAACCGCGUACAAAACCUCUCCGCUGGACUUAACGUGCCAAAUAGCCCGCGCCGGGCCGCUCCUGGGCGCCGGCGCAGCGUAAUUCCCGGUGCCGUCCAAGCUGCUCCGAGGGGGGGGGGUUUGCCCCCUCCCCGCUCCGGGGGGGAUGCAGCAGGCGGGGGGGGAAGGAGGGAGCUUUUUGCACGGCGAGCGAGCGAAAACUGCGCUGCCCCUCUCCCGCUCCUCAGGUAGCUUUUUUGGGGGGGAUUUGGGUUUUAUUUUUUUGGGGGGGGGAGGGGGGUUUGCAACGGAUCUUUGUAACUUUUGUAAUGGUACCUUUUCCACGGACCUUUUCCAAGCCCCCCUGCGACACCGGAAAGCAUCGUCCAGCGAGAAAUGCUUUUUUUCACGCAGCCGGACGCCGGCUUCGGCGUCGCUGCCGCCCGGCCGCGUGCUGAAGGCGCCGAGGCCGAGCCCGUUUCGGUUCGAAUAAAGCACUUUGCGGGUAGAACCGCUACGGAGAA